AUGUAUCACCCAAAUUUUCUCUAUGAUUAUCACUCCCAGUAUUUUGAGGAAUCGCAAGAUUCUCAUAAAUCCGACCUGGAAAUAUUAAUGGAGGAUUUCAUUACACCUCUAGGACCAUUCUCUGAGAAAUAUGUCGAUGUUGUAACAAUCAUCAGUGAAAAAUCUAUCGAAAAUCCUGAGAGUGAUAAUGAGGAGGGUUCAGGUGAGAAAGGAGUAGAGAUUGAGAAAGAUCCACCGACACCACCCGAAAGGGAUGUUGUCGAAGAGGUAGAGAAGGAAGCACUAUGUGUUGUUCCUCCUCCCUAUAAAUCACCAAUUCCUUUCUCGCAAAGGUCUGUGGAAGUUAAGAUAGACCCCAAAUCCGAAAGGUAUGAGGAGCUAUUGGAAAAUAUCCACACCAAUGCACCUUUAUUUGAGAUCCUGAAUAAGAAGAGAAAAUUAGAAGACCGUGAAACUAGGGAACUCAUUAGUAUUAAAAGGGGCAAGUUAGACUUUGAGGUGGUGGAUGCAAAAAUUGAACCCAAACCUGAAAAGCUAGCUCUCAGGAUAGAGCCAGAACCACCACCACAAGUUUAG